CGUCACCUUGAUGCUCAAAGUGACUGACUUACAAAAACUGCACCAAUCAGCUCACUUUUUGACGAUCUUUGUGGUAAAAAUCUUCUUAAUAUACAGUAGAGACCAUUCUGCCAUUCUGAAUGGACCUGCCAGUUGCAGGCAACAGUGUUCAUCUGGCUGCAAACAGACCUGCAGUUCCUCAGUUGGCAGGAAAUGGGAAGGCAACGCUUGGAGCGUUCAAUGAGUCUGGUUACGGCGAUGCGAGCAGUGUAGCAUCCUGUGGAUCUGAUGCUCUGACUGGCUAUGAGACUCUGGACUCCCCGCCACAUUACGACUUCUACGCCAACACAGAGGUAUGGGGCCGCCGGAGACGCUUCAGACCAUCUCUGUACCAGCUGUACGCCAACCCUGAGGAUGACUCCAGACCUCCCAUGUACGAGGAGACAACAGGUGAACAGAUGGAAGGAGGAGACAGCUCUGAGGAAGACGAGGAUGAGCAAAAGGAGCCGCCGCCUGAGCCUACCCGCUUCGGCUGGGUACAGGGAGUCUUGAUCCGUUGCAUGUUAAAUAUCUGGGGGGUGAUCUUGUACCUGAGGCUGCCUUGGAUUACUGCUCAAGCUGGUAUAGGUCUGACCUGGGUGAUUAUCCUUCUAUCCUCUUUGAUAACUGGGAUCACUGGCCUCUCUACUUCAGCCAUUGCUACCAACGGCAAAGUCAAAGGAGGGGGGACCUACUUCCUGAUCAGUCGUAGCCUGGGUCCAGAGCUGGGUGGAUCCAUCGGUCUGAUCUUUGCCUUUGCCAAUGCUGUAGCUGUGGCCAUGCACACCGUGGGCUUUGCUGAGACUGUUACAGACCUCAUGCGAGAAAACGGAGCUGUCAUGGUGGACCGCACCAAUGACAUUCGCAUCAUCGGCGUCAUCACUGUCACAUGUCUACUAGGCAUCUCGAUGGCUGGCAUGGCAUGGGAAUCCAAGGCGCAGAUUCUGUUCUUCCUGGUCAUCAUGGUGUCAUUUGCCAGUUACUUUGUUGGAACGAUCAUUCCUGCUUCACCGCAGAAACAAGCCAAAGGUUUUUUUAGCUACAAAGCGGAUAUCUUUGCUGCCAAUUUUGUUCCCAACUGGCGGGGGGCAGAGGGCAGCUUCUUUGGCAUGUUCUCCAUUUUUUUCCCCUCAGCCACGGGCAUCCUGGCAGGGGCUAACAUCUCUGGAGAUCUGAAGAAUCCAACAGUGGCCAUCCCUCGAGGAACACUGAUGGCUAUAUUCUGGACCACUAUGUCCUACCUCCUCAUCGCUGCUACCAUUGGAUCCUGUGUGGUACGGGAUGCGUCUGGCAUGUUAAAUGACACCAUGUCUUCCUCCGCAUCCAGCGAGGAUUGCGUUGGUUUAGCUUGUCAACACGGAUGGGACUUCAGCAAUUGUAUCAAGAAUAGCACAUGCACCUACGGCAUCAGUAACUACUAUCAGUCGAUGAGCAUGGUGUCGGCCUUCGCCCCUCUCAUCACUGCUGGUAUCUUUGGAGCGACUCUUUCCUCUGCGUUGGCCUGCCUGGUGUCUGCUCCCAAAGUCUUCCAGUGUCUGUGCAAGGACAAACUCUACCCUCUCAUUGGCGUCUUUGGCAAAGGUUACGGCAAAAAUGAUGAACCGCUCAGAGGCUACCUGUUGACAUACAUCAUCGCAGCCUGCUUCAUUCUCAUUGCUGAGUUGAACACCAUCGCCCCCAUCAUCUCCAACUUCUUUUUGGCCUCCUACUCUCUCAUCAACUUCAGCUGCUUCCACGCCUCGAUCACCAACUCGCCAGGUUGGCGUCCGUCCUUCAGGUUCUACAGUAAGUGGCUGUCGUUGCUGGGUGCCGUGUGUUGUGUGGUGAUCAUGUUCCUGCUGAACUGGUGGGCGGCCCUCAUUGCCUUUGGCAUUGUCAUCUUCCUUUUGGGAUAUUCGCUCUACAAGAAGCCCGCUGUGAACUGGGGCUCGUCGGUGCAGGCGGGCUCCUACAACAUCGCUCUGAACCAGUGCGUAGGCCUCAACCAUGUGGAGGACCACGUCAAGAACUACAGACCGCAGUGUUUGGUGCUGACUGGUCCUCCCAGCAGUCGUCCAGCUCUGGUGGAUCUGGUCAACUGUUUCACCAAGAGUCUCAGUCUCAUGAUGUGUGGCAACGUGGUCGCUGCUGAUUCCUCCCCAGCAGCCGUGGACAAAACAAGCAGUGACAGGCAUGUUAGCUGGUUGAACCAGCGGAAGGUCAAGUCAUUCUACAGAGGAGUGGUGGCUACAGAGCUACGAUCAGGAGUUAACAUGCUGCUACAGGGGGCGGGUUUGGGUCGUAUCAAGCCGAAUGUUCUGCUGAUGGGUUUCAAGAAAGACUGGCGCAGUGACACACCUCAGGCUGCACAUGACUAUAUAGGAAUACUGCAUGAUGCAUUCGACCUACACUACGGUGUGUGCGUGUUGAGAAUGAGGGAGGGACUGGAUGCCUCUCGUCCAUCUCAAUCACACGUCAAUCCCAGCUUUGAUGGAGGACAAGAGAGUAUAAAUACCAUCUCUGCCCUUUCCCGCAUUCAAACAAGCACUACGUCUUCUAUCUCCAUUGAUCCAGAGUCUCAGCCCAGCACAGUGUUUCAGAAAAAACAAGGGAAGAAGACCAUUGACAUAUACUGGCUGUCUGAUGAUGGAGGCCUGACGCUGCUGCUGCCCUACCUGCUGACUCGCAGGAAGCGCUGGGCCGGGUGUAAGGUCCGAGUGUUUGUGGGCGGAGACACAGACAAGAAGGAGGAGCAGAAAGAGGAGGUAUUGGCACUCAUCAAGAAGUUCCGUCUUGGUUUCCAUGAAGUUGAAGUGCUUCCAGACAUCUACCAAAAACCUCAGCCUGGGAAUGUUCAUCAGUUUGAGAACAUGGUGAGUCGCUUCAGGCUGGACACAAACCCCAAGCAGGACUCUGAUUCUGGGCCACCAAGACAACAGGAGGAGCCCUGGAUGAUCACUGACCAGGAUUUAGAGAGGAACAAGGCUAAGUCUCUCCGUCAGAUCCGUCUAAACGAGGUUCUGCAGGACUACUCCAGAGAAGCUGCUCUGAUUGUUGUCACCAUGCCAGUGGGGAGGAGAGGAGUGUGUCCCAGUACUCUCUUCCUGGCGUGGCUGGACAUCUUGUCACGUGACCUGAGACCCCCAGUGCUACUGGUCAGAGGAAACCAGGAAAACGUUCUUACCUUCUACUGCCAAUGAAAUGUCUCCAUGAGUGUAACGCACAUAUAAUGAAGCAAAUUAUUAUCCUGACAUUUUCAUCUUGGCAAUGCCUUGAUGACUAUUAAUGAUUAUCUAAUCGUGUAAUUAAAACAUUAAAACAUGAAUCCUAAUAUUAUGCUGUUGCCCUUU